UAUUACUUUCAAAAUUUAUUUCAGAAAAAAUUCUAUUGGGAUGUUUCUAUUAGUGAAAGUGAAGUGAAGAGACACUGGUUGGUCAAGGCCGCUAUAAAAUACAGAAAUUUUAUUUCUAAAAUAAAAGGGGGAGGAGUUAGGCCAGGUUUUGUACCUGAGCAUGUUUGGGAAAGAUGGACACAACUUUGGGGAAGUAAUGAGUCCAAGAAAAAGUCAAAAACAAAUGCAAAGAAUCGUCGUGGUGGCCGUGAAGUUGCUGCUGGGACUCACACAGGUGGCUCUAUCUCAAUUGGAGAGCAUCGCAAGAAACUUGCUAUUGAAAAGGGUCGAGAUCCAACACCAAGUGAGUUACAUUUACACGUCCAUACGCAUGGUCAUGAUGGUAAAUCUUUUGUUGGCGAACGCUCUCGAAUUGUCCAUGAAAAAUAUGAAGAAAUAUUACGGGAAAAAACAACCUCUCAAUUUGAUAUUGAUCAAUGUGAAGCAUACUACCAAGCUGCCGGGGGAGAAAAGAAGAAAAGAAUAUACGGUCUUGGAUCUGAAGCAAAAACUUACUACGGGCAGAAUCUUUGUGCCUCAUCAUCUGUAGCAACUUCAGUUUCUCAAUCAACAACGACAAGAAAUAUGGAUGUGUUUGUGAAGGAAAUGAUUCCUGCCCUUACUACUCAUUUUCUUCCGGUUAUUAUGGAGCGGCUACAGCAAGUGGUUACUCCCAUUGACAAUCCAUCACUUGUGACACCCAUGGUACCUCCUCCUGCUGCUACUAAUGAGGACGAGGUUGAUCCCUUAGUUUCAAGUGAUGAGGGUAUCCCUUAAUUAGUCUCCUUUAGCUUUAAUUUUUGGAUGUUUGUGUUUUUGAAAAGUACAAAUUGUCUGAUAACAAUAGUUGAUGACUUGCUUUUGAUGUUUUGCAGUGAAAGUAUGUGAUUAGGAUUUUGCUAUCUACAGAUUUUGAACCCUCUAAAUAAUAUUUUAUAUGAAUGUUUG